AUGUUCCGUUGUUUCUUCUGGCUCAGCUCAAAGCCUACGGCAACGCGCCAUCGGGCUUCGCAGACCGCCAUGAGAACAGCCGUUUACAGCACACGUGAGACGAACAGGCGCGAGGCUCACGCUGAUGGCGGCAACGCCCUUCUCGCCAGCAUGUAUCCGGCAUUCAAGACGAAAGACCUCGCGCAGCUUCUGGAGAAGCCUCUUCCCUCAACCGCAAACGUGCUGACGAUCGACGGCACCGCGGGCGAAGCCAACAGCAGCGCCUCCUCCAUUCUGCGAUUUGUUAUCACACAUAACGAGGAGGUUUCCAAGCUGCAAAACAACCCCGAGCACCCGCACCCUCUUCUUUUGCUUGUUCAGACCUCAUUGGAUAAAGACGAUGCUGACACAAAUGAGUUCGUUCUCACAAGUGCCCUCCAGCAACGGGACCGACUUAAAGAUGCCACUGCUAUCGUCCUGGACGCCGCGCAGUCGGCCGCCGCCAAGUCUUUUUUGAAGCUUGCCGAGGGAAACAAACUGGAGGCAAAGAGGGAAGGGGAGCCGGCGGAUGCAACCGGCGGCGGUGACGCCGACGCUCCUUUGAAGAAGGAUCCACAAGAAGAUGUCACGGCGGAGAAUCAUGAGGGCGAAACUGAACGGCAGCCACCCGAGGCAGAAGACGCAUUGAAGAGCUCAAACACCAAGAAAAUCUCAACGGCGGCGACAAACACAGUCUCCACCACGACAAAGACUGAAACAAAGACAUCUACUUCUUCAAACAAGGGCAAAAAAAAUGCGAAUGUAGGCAAAAAAACAAAUAAAGACGGACCAUUGAAGCUAUCCUACACUCCACCCCCUGGGGUGGUCAAGCCACGAUCCACCUCCGUUCCGCCCACCCGAGAUGACAUGCGUGAGUCACUGCAAAAAAUGUUUUGCUCGUCGGUUGCAGCACCGUUUCAACCUCCAAAGCAAGUGGAGAGGGCCCUUUUCGCUGGAUAUGUUGACAGAGUACGCGUUGCCGAUAUGAUGAACCUCCCAAUAUAUGGUGGUGGGGAAGUUUACACUUUGUAUUAUCGACUGACCGGUGCGGGGGCGUGCCGUACGCCACUUAUCACAAUUACCCAUAUUUUGGAAGGGGAGUGUCGUAAGAAAAAAGGUAAAGAAGCGAAUGUCGUGGACGUUAUUACAAAAAAUCGUGUGCCAAUUUUGCUGCUUCUUGGCGCGCCAUUUCUUAUCGCGGAGGACGCGCAGCUUAUUUGCGAGGAAUACCAAAAAGCCCUUCAGGAGUCUUUUUCGUCGAAGGCAGAUGUCACGGUGUUGACUGUACCCAAUUGUUUUACUGAGAAGAAUGUUCUUUUCGCGCUUCGGAGCGCGAGCAUAGAUGAUGGUGCUGAUGCUACUAAAGGGCACCAACAGUAUAAAAAAGAAAGUGGAAAAUGGAAUGAAUUAUUAACCCCCUCGAGUGUACGCCAUCGUGGUCAAGACGCAGUGCAGCGUCCAUCGGAGUCACUUUCUGAAAACGUGUUGCGUUCGGUUGUAUCCAACGCACUGGAGGAGGUGGCGCUGCGGCAUGAAAAGUCCACUGAUCAUCUCGUGAGUACCCUGAACAAACUUGUGGAGUACUGGUCGCGUGAGCGUGUAAUAGAACUUAUGGAAGGUCUUCAGGGCGAGAGAGAAGUCCUUGUAGAUGCCACGAAGGAGUUUGGAAAUGUCCAGCAGCAACUCCGCAACACUCGAAGUGCGAUGGAAGCCCUUCAAAGGGACAUGAAGAGCGUCAAUGAUAAAAUAGAGCGGUUUCAAAGAGGGGCGGGUGGCGUCCCAUCCGGUGACACGUCAGCCAUCCUGGAGUCCACCCGGGCGCUGGAGGCACGUCUGGCGGAGUCACUCUGCACAUUGCCUUCCAAGCAGCAGAUUUCUCUCGAUCUGCGGGAGGAGCUGGAGGACGUGCAGAGGAACCUUCAACGCCACCUUGACCAAACACUCUCAAAGAAGUUGAAGACCAUGCAUGAGGAUCAACAACACGACUUGCAACAACUUUUGAAAGAAAAUUCAGGCGGUAACGGGAAUGAUCAAGUAACGCAAAUCAUCCUUCAGGAACUUCCACAGCGUAUUCAGACUGCGAUGGAAAGGGCUUUGAGCUCUUUCAGCCAAAACUCGGACGAGCGGACGAGAGGCCUGUUGGAGAGUCAGCAGAAGGCGGCACAGCGGCAGAUCUCCGCGUUGUGUGACAGGCUGUGCGACACGGUUGAGGCAGGACAAGGACGAGUUGUGCGAACGGUGUCGGAGCUGCUGUCUACAAAACUGGAUGGUCACGGCACGAACAACGCCGAUGACAAGAAACCGCAUGCGGCGGAUAACGACAAUACGAUAUAG